UUUCGGACGAUCUUGUCUUGAUGACCUUAACUGUGAUGAUGGAAGAACAAUUUGCAAAGACUCCAAAUGUGUGUGCAACUCGUUCAAAUGGAGAGAGGAGAACGGCAUUUGUGUAUCGUAUUAUGGUUCCUUUUGUUCAGACUGGUCUGACUGCGGACUGUCAAACAACUAUAUGUGUGAGGAAAACACGUGCAGAUGUGGACCUGAAUAUAAACAUAACAAUGACACGUGUGAAAAAAUUAUAGACAGUAACUGUAGAAUGGACAACAGCUCAGAAGACUGCCCACUUGAACAUGCAGUAUGUAAAAGACAUUACUGGAACUACAUGUAUGGACAAUGCAAGUGUGAAAAUGGGUUUGACGAAAACAAUGGUCUAUGUAUACAGGUUUUAGGUUCCAGUUGUGAAGAUGUAGGUUGCGGAAACACUCUCCAUUAUUCCUACAAAUACUUAGAUCCCUCCUUUAAGCCAAACCAAAACUAUAUGUAUUAUUACUGGUAUUAUCCAAUAAGUGAUUGGUACGAUUGGUACUACUAUUAUCACUUACAUCUCACAUGUAACAUUGACAAUAUGUGUGUGUGUGACCACGGUUUCAAGACAGAUGAUUCUGGUGUAUUCUGCGAACCAGUAUAUGGAACACUUUGUGAAAGCACGGAUGACUGCGGUACUUACCAUGGGUAUGUAUGUGACUCUGACUUAAGACAGUGCACUUGUGCCGAAAAUUACAUUAGUUACAGUCAGCAAUGGAGUUUUGAAGCGGAUGUUGACGAAACCUAUCAGCAUAUCUACAAUUAUUACCCUGACCAAACGAAUGUAUAUUUGUGUAAACCUGAACUCGGAGAGUCUUGUUCAGUUGUUAAUUGCACUUUUGAAAAUGCUUAUUGUAACGAAAACAAUACCUGCACUUGUGAAGAAGGUUACACAGAGGACAGUGAUGGCACUUGCCAACAAGUUCUUGGAAUGUCUUGCAUACGUGACACGUUUUGUCAGAUAGUUCCUGGUGGAUUUUGUGCAGACGAUAACACGUGUAAAUGCAAGGAGGGCUUCUUUCAGACCGACUGUCUUUGCCAAACAGUUUUAGGUUCAGUCUGUACUAGCACCAGUGACUGCCAGUUAGAGCACACAGUUUGUAAAGAAGGAUUCUGUGAGUGCGAAUCUUCCUUCGAUACAUAUGGCGAACGUUGUUUGAGUCAAGCCUGUUCUGAGGUUCCUGAGCUACCCGAUAUUCGUAGACGAUCUGUGCUUUACACUCCUGCCGAUGGAGAGCCGCUAAUUGAUGAUACUCAGCUCAAAGAGGGAUGGUACACAAUUGGAAAACACUCAGUUUACUCGAGUACUGAAUCUCUGGAAUCAGGAAGCUGUGCUACAUUUUAUCCAAUAUAUUUGACAGCCCCAUUGACGACCAGUCAGCAUGAUGCCAUGGCUUCAGGUGAAGAAAUAACAGUCACAGCCAGUGUUGGAAACCUCGACAUAUAUGGACAUGACGAACAGAUAGAUUUGAAAGUGCGAAAAUGUGGACAAGAGACGAAUGUUUUUGUACCCAAGCCAUCUACACAUUUUGCUGGGCUUUGUCUUGAUAAUGAGCAUAUUCUCAGUAUGACACGGUCAACGGGAAUCAAGGCCACCGUUCUGACAGAUCUGCUGUUUAGUAAUGAGACGAUAGAAGGAACAACAAAACGUAGCCCUUUUCUCGUUUUUUCCUGUGUCGCCUCGGAGUUUAUUAUUACUUCUACAUACCAGAGAUAUCCGUAUGAAGGGUACAUAAUGGAUGAUGACAUAUAUUUCUAUUACGUGCACUGGUAUAUUGACAAUGUGCACUUUAGAAACAUUGGACCACUAAGAAGAAAACACUUCAUAGAAGGAUCAUCUUUUUUUGAAAUGGACAUCAUAGAAGCUGGAUACGGAUUGGGGUUCUCGAUACGUUGCACGUUUGACAUAUCACUAAGCCCGAACGGUCUGAACUCUCUACUUGCUAUAAGUGAAGAGCUAUACACAGGAUUCCAACUGCGUCACGUAUUAAUAGAUGAAAAUGAAGACAAUUAUUUUCUGCAAUUGAUGACAAACACGCCACUUGGAUGCGAGACGACCGAAGAAAAUGACGUUGAAAAAUGUGAACUAUUCUGGCCUGUGAUUGGCAUUGACGGGGAUACGUUAUGUAACAAUCCUAUUACAGAAAAUGACCAACAUGAACUUUGCAGAAUUUUCGUUCGAGGCUACUCGUAUGAAAAAUAUAGAAAUAGUUGGGGUUCGUGGUCUCAUUUAUCGCUUUGGGACGCUUACUGGGACUAUACUUAUGUAUAUAAUUACACAGAGACACUAUAUUUAGACAGAAGCACUAACGAAGAAUUUGGAGUGUAUGUAGAUAUACAGGGUGUACAACAAUCAACUGGUUCUAUGAAAAUCAAAUUCAGUGCAACUACCAGCACGACAGGUCACAGGAUAUGGAACAACUAUAAAAUGCCGGAUAUAAAUUUUAAUAUUGCAAGAAGUUCAUUUGUUCAAGAGGUUUGCAAAAUAUCCACGUUUAAUGUUCCUGUCCUGACCAAGGAAGCAGACUGGACAGAUGCUUUCAGCACUGAAAACGUGGAAAUUGAUCAGAUAGGUGAAUUUACCAUGUAUCGCAGCACCAGCAUACCUGUUCAAGUUCAAAUACAAACGGAAGCAUGCAGUUUGACUACAAGUGGUGUUUGUUUAUGUGCAGUUAAUUACAGAGAUGGGGACAAUACAUACAUGUACAGCUAUUGCAAUGGUCUGACAAGAAUAGGACAGACAAACGGAGAUUCGUCGAAUCACCAUAUAAAUAAUGUGCAGUUAAUAAAUGGUCUCGAACUCAGCAUAGGAACAGAGAAUUACAGGAUUGUAAAUGUCACACUGAAUACUAACCACAGUGCUUCCACAUUACAAGAUGGAGAGGGACUCUGCAUGUUCUCACCAGGCUCGUACAAACACAGAGAUGGCACUGAAAGCAUAAAUAGUGAUGGAUUUGUACCAAGUUGGGGGGUAUCCGUAGCUGAAAGCUUGUUCAAUCCACUAAAUCACAAGGCUUUAUCCUGGGAUGAUGAAUAUGUACAAUGUGGAUGCCCUCAGAAAACUGAAGCUUUACAAGACAGAGAGCAGACGUACAUCUAUAAUAAUACAUAUUGGUCGGGUGAUACUUUCUACUCGUAUAUAAGUGAAUCAUAUAGGGUAUACGGGGGUUAUGUACGAUGUUUGGCGGAGAACACCUGCAAAGUGAAUCACACAGGAGAUGCUGAUUGGUCUGGUUCAUUACUUCCGGUAUUUUCUUUGGCAAGUAUAAAAGCACGAAUGGAAAUCAGGUACAUAGGAAUUUGGCCCUUACUGCACUUGUUUUGUGAUUUUGAAGGACAAGAGGGAUACCAAUAUAAGAUCAAAUGGAAACUUGAUAAAGAUAUCGUGUACACUUCACCUCUUCUGGACUAUUCUUCUGUGGACACGUAUUAUAUAACAAACGACAAUUUACAAACAGAGAAGUUCUUACUGGAAGUGAAGUUUUCAUGUGGUGUCAGCAUACAUGAUGCAGCUGGUACAGAACUUCUUGAUUCAAAAGACAGUGAUGAAAUCUCUGCUGUAGAGUUUGUGGAGACAGAGUUGCUUUUACCUAGAGGAGGUGAUGUUGUAGUGCAGGUCAGAUUAAAUAUUCCUCUUGUGUGCACGCUAGGGUAUUCGUGUUACUUUGACAUUAAACUCUAUGCCCCAGAUGACGACUGUUCCAACUCAUCUAUUGCAAUUAAAGGUCAGCAAACAUGCGGACAAAGAAUAAUUGGUACAUCCACUGAAGAUGGGCUUGUAAACGAGGCACGAAUCAUCAAUAUCACAGUAACCACGAAAAAUAACGCAAAGUAUUCAUUAAAAGAUACAUUCUAUCUGAAAAUGAAAUUGUCUGCACAUGGAGAUACCAGUACAUUUUGGCUACACACGUUCAGCCAGGUUUUGACGGUUUUUGUCCGAGAUUAUGAAAACUACUGGCAAAGAAAUUAUUGCUAUGCAAACAAUGACCCGAGAAUGCGGACGUUCGAUGGACAGUACUAUAAUGUUAUGGUGGAAGCCGUUCUUGUAUUGAUGAGACAUAAACGGUUGCCGGUGGAGAUUCAGCUUGAGACCAAUCUGUGUGGGGGUUGGCGUGUUGCGUGUGCAUGUGGAGUUACCAUACGUGCUGGAAGGGACGUAUUUAUCGUGAACCAUUGCCAUGGUAACCACAUGACAGGUUAUUUACUGGCUGACGACGGUAUCUUAAGAGUAAGGAAAAGAACUGCACAUCGAUAUCAAAUAUACCUACCACACGGCACCAUGGUAGAUGUGCGUAUCUCCUCUUGGAACGGAUUCAUGGUCAAUGUUUUCAUUUAUCCCUCUCCGGCUGAUAUGAAGUAUGUAGAAGGUCUUUGUGGUAAUUUUAAUGGUGACUGGGGAGAUGACUUGAUACACAGUGAUGGAAAAGUCACUACUUCUAGUCGGUAUUACUGGUGGUGGUAUACCCCUGACCCCGACGAUUUUGUUCAGUCCUGGGGACUCGCGUUUACUAAUGACCUAGACUUGACUGAUGUUGAUGAGAUUGAUGCAACCUUACACAGUUGGUAUGAGAAUGAUGUUUUCUGUGUUUGUACCGGAACCGAUGGCGAUGGAGAAAUAAUGUGCUCUGCAAAUGAGGAGGACACAUGUAUAACAAAACCUGAUAAACCAGGAGUAGAUCUCUCAAUAACUGUGAGGAACAAGAGAUCUGUUGUCAGCCCUAUACACGAAAACAAACACAGACUUACAAAAAUGCGUGAAAAACGUGCUGUAAGUUCCAAGACAGGCAAGUUUUUAAACAGAAUCGUCAAACGGAAUACAAUUACCAUUGAAGAUGCGAUUGAAAUCUGCAACAGAACAUUAUCCGCCUGUACUGUCAUCACAGCUCCAAGUGACGGUGUUAAUGUUACAUUCGAAGAGCUGAUUAUGAAUUGUGGACAAGACUCUGUGGCUAAUCCUGAGACGAACUGGAUAGAUCUAACAUGUGAGGCGAUGACAGCAAAUGUGGAGAACGAAGUGCGAAAUGAUGUUGUACUACAGAAAGAAAAGCCUGAACUUGCCAAAAUGAUGAUACAAAUCUGUGCUGGAAAUUGUUCAGGACAUGGGCAAUGUAUCGAAGGCAACUGUGAUUGUUACCAAGGAUAUGGAGAAGACGACUGUUCAAUUCAGUUUUCGGUGCCGCCAAAAAUUGAGGGAGUCGCUGGAGAUGGAGUCUGUGACAAGAAACAAGCCGACUGUACUUCUAUAUUGGUUACCACUUCGGGAUCACUGUCUGAUUCUUCAUACACUGCUAGUCAUUUUGAGGCUAAAUCCGAUGGUUCCUGGAAGAUAAUAGAAACGUUUCGAGGUCAGGUUGACUACAGAAAUCCUUAUGAGGUCAAAGUUGGUCUAAAUAUGAAUAGCAGAAGGAAAAGAUCAACUAGCGGGAACAUGUACAUAGCUGACCAAUAUGUUAUAUCCCUGAGCAAUGAUGGCUCCACAUUUGGAAAUAGCUCCACAGUUUAUGUAUUGGAUUCUACUUGUCUUCAAGUCAAUCAAACAAAUGGAACAGACAACAUUGUUCUAACGACCGGAUAUUGCAUCAUCGACGGUGUUUGUUACGCCAAAAAUAUUUCCAGUCCAUCAGAUUCCUGUAUGGUAUGCAACGACUCGGUAAAUCCUUUUGGAUGGACGAACAAUUAUGCCAAAGAUGAGUGCAGUGAGAGUGAAGCCGAGACAGAUGAGACAGAUACUGACGAUGCUGAAAAUACCAAGCUGGUCUUGUUUGUUGCAAUCCCACUUUCUGGCCUUAUCCUGAUAACAGUCCUCAUUGCUGUUAUUGUAAUAAAGAAGAAAACCUCACCCAGAGUUGUAUCGACUCCAGACGCUGGUGGGGGCCUGUACGAUAUGCCGAGGAAUGAAAAAUUCAACCUUCGAAAGCAGGAAGCGUGGACUUAGAUCAGAUCUUUUAAGCAUAAAAACCUACUGCAUAAACAUUGUGUUAGCGAAACCAUCCAGAAGUACUUCUACUUUUUUCACGUUUCUCAAAAUGUCAUUGAGACUGUUAAUUUCUUGUUUUCAUUCUUACUUUUAUGCUGAAAAGAAAUUUGAAACAUAUCAUCAACCAAAAUUCUACCAUGUAAACUUUUUGUUUUAUUCUUAAAAACACAAAAUGCACACAUAUCUGUUACAAUGUAUUUUGUAUUAUAUUUCGUUUUAAUGGUAAGAUGAACAUUCUGUAUUUUUUAUUUAUUUGUUUAUUUAGUUUUUCAUUUUAUUUUGGUUGGGAGCCUGGUAGUUCGGUGUGGCUAUAAAGGACUAAUUAUCUGCGUCCGUCCUUCACCUGUCCGCUCCAAACUGUUUUCCUUGAAUAUCUUUUUAACCCAUACAGAUAUUCUUUUCAAGCUAAAACAGAGUAUUUUAUGCAUUUUAUUCAAGCUUUACAAAUACCUUUGGGGUCAAAAUAAAAAUUUAUACAUCAAGUUCAAUGGCUCUGUCCUUUUUGACAAAAUAAUUUCCGUUUUAAACUUAACAAAAUGUGGCAGAAUUAUGGAUUUCUUUGAAUAUCUCUGAAACCAAUGGAAGUGUUGCAUUGAAAUUUUAAAACAGGUUAUCAAGAUUAUAAGACAGAUCCACAUAUCAGCUGCCAUAACUCUGUUUCCCUUUUCAAACUUGGAAGCUGUUCCAACAUUUCAUUCAAUAUUUCUAGCACCUGAAAUGCAUUGGAUUGAUACUUUCUGCAAACCUUAAGGAUCAUAUUGCAAGUUAACGCAUAUAAUCAAGGGUCGUAACUCCGUGUUGUUUUAUUUUUAAAAAAUAUUCCCAAUACUGGACAUAAAAACUGGGUAUUGUUAUUAAUAAAUAUGGUAGAUUUUUUGUUUUUCUUCUACAGCUAUGAUACCGAGGAAGGUAUAUCUUCACAUAAACCUCGGAGAUCAUGCAGCAAUUGGUCAUAAUAGAUAUUAUAUUCUUGAAAUAUAUGUCCUUUUUAAUUCUACAUAAUUUGUCACAUUUUAAUAUUUUAGACAAGAAUAGUGAAGGUAUUUUAAUGAAUGUCGAUAAAAGGAAUGACAUAAUAAGACAGCAUUUGGCUUUUGGUGUGUCGGGGUGGAUGGUGGCAGUGAUAAGGGGUUGGGGUCUUGAGUGCAGAAAAACCAUAACUGUCAUAAAUACGUAUAAAAUUAUCUCUAUUUAUGUACUUCGUUUCCCAUAUGUAACAUUAAGGACAAUAAAAAUCUGCAAUUCAAUGUAACUUGAAACAAAGAUAAAUGUAAACGAAAUAAACUGAAAGGCAGACAAGAGCCAUAACUCUGUCGUGAAAAAAUCCAUAUUUGGAAUAAAAUGUACCUUGAGUAGUAUCUAAAAGAAGACAAUGAAUAUCAUUUAUAGUCAACUUUUCAAAAAAGACAUUUAGUGAGGGUAAGAAUGACCCCAGUGUAACUGCUUACUACUUUUGAAACAUAAAAUAACUUACUACGUUACACAGGCAUUUUUGUAUAUAAACACCGUGUUAAUUUAUAUAUAUAUGUUGACUUUGCAACUAAUGUAUUUUUAGUUCACCUUUUAAUGUUAAGACAAGAGUAGUUUUAAAUAAAAAUCAUAUCUGUUUUGGAAUUAAAAUUUCAUAUAAAAAAGCUUAUUUAGAUUUUCUUGGUUCUUUGUUAUAUACUGAAAAUAUUGAAAUACAUAAGAGAGGCUGCAAAAUCUUUUUGAAGCAUCGUUGUUUCUCUUCUUUAAUUUUAGAUCAGUCAUAUUUAAGGUUUUUUUUUUUUGUUUUUUUUUUUUUGUUUUUUUUUUCUUUUUUUUUUUUCUUUUUUUUUAGUAUGUAACAUGAUGCACUGUCUCAUUUUUUAUUCAAUUUUCGAUAUUUAUCACUACUUGCAUUAAAUAGUCAUUUAGUGUUUUCACUGUUUUGUAUGUAUAACAUAAACCUCUAACAAGCUAUUAUUGAUUUGUAUAAGGUCUUUAAGUUUGAUGAGAAAUAUAACUUUGAUGCAACAGAGUCACUUAUCAACUCGAUAACUUGAGGAUUAUGAUUUGAAGUUGAUGGCGUUGUUAAACUUUUUUAACAGGAACCAGCGAAAUAUCUUUAUAACAAGAAUUGCUAAUUUGGUACACGCCGUACAGAAUAAUUUCAUUGGACUACAACAAUCAUUUAGUCUUCUGUUGUCUAUAUAUUAUUUCAUACAUUUUAUGAUUGGCCAAAUUGAAAACUUAAAACAGAUUUUAAAAUUAAUUAUGACAAAUACGUCAAUCCAAUUACUAAUAGACAAAAGGACAUUUCAAACGCUAAAAUACUAAUCAUGAUAUCUGUAUUGUUAGUGACUAAUUUACCAAAGUGAUAAAUCUGUGCAUGAACUGAACCACGCGGGCAAAAGCGUUAAUGGCUAAAUAUCCAAGCAUCUGAAUGAUAGGAUAGAACAGAACAGAACAGAACAGAACAGAGACUUUAUUAAGACUUGUACAUAGUACAUCAUGUACAUAAUACAUAUUCUUUACAUAUAUAAUACCAACGUAGCAAUAAACAUGAAAUAAGAAAUCUUUGUAUAUUUAGUAUUUUAGACUUAAAUGUAAUUACAUAUACAGCAGAAAAUAUGUAGAGAAUGAACAUAAGAUAUCAACAUUUGACAGUUAGAAUUGCAUUUCUGAUGGUUAGGUCUUUUUCUACACAUCUAGAUAAAUGAAUACGUUCGGCUGUUAUUUAAAUUAAGAAGUUUUAUGAAUUUAUACACCGAUGGACGUCUAGAAUAUUGUACUUUAAGUAAUUCUUUCUAAUAUCAGCGUAACAUCUACAUAAACAAACAAAACGGCACUAGUAUUCGUCUUCAAUGUCUAAAUUUUUGCAAAAUAAACAAUAUCUUUCCUCCCGAGGAAUUCAAAUUUCUACUAUAUCUGCCAGUCUGUAUUCUGAAUGGAAGACCCCUCAUCCUAAGUCUACAAAAAUAAAAUGUAAAACAUCUUGGCAGUAUAUCCAAAUAACUCUCAAAAGACAUUUUAAGUUUUUAUACAUGUACGAUACAGAGCUGUUUUCAAUAAUAGCAUACCAUUUUUGUUUUGCAGUGUCAAUAAUGCGACAUUUAAACUCGCUCAAAAACAAAAGCUUAUUUAUACCUUCAGAAUGAUCAAAUAAUGAUAUAUAUGUAUAUGAGAAUCCAUAGUGGUUUAAAUAGACAGUUGUAAAUCAAACAACAAACCACCAGAAUGUUUUGUUUAUUUUCAUUCUAACAUAUUUAUUAAAACAUAAUGAUUAAAAGUAUGCUGUACUGUAUUUAUGUUGAAAUCGUCUCUUGUAUAAAUGACAUCUUUGUUGAUGUACAUGUAGUAUUGCUAUGACCAAAUGAAAACACAGCGUGUAUUUAACUAACACAAUAAAAAAGUUAUCAGACAA